UGGAGUUGGCAGGUCUGCAGCGGAAGAAGCGAGAAGGUGGUGCAGCGCCGGGGAGAGCGGGUGGAGCGCCAUGCGCCGCGCCAGCCGAGACUACACUAAGUACCUGCGUGGUUCGGAAGAGAUGGGCGGCGGUGGCUCCAGCUCCCCUCAUGAGGGCCCCCUGCACACCCCACCUCCACCCACCCCACCGGUGCCGCAGCCUCCCGCAGCCACCUCCCGCUUCAUGUUCGUGGCCUUCUUGGGGUUGGGACUGGGCCAGGUCGUCUGCAGCGUUGCACUUUUCCUCUACUUCCGAGCACAGAUGGACCCUAAUAGAAUAUCAGAAGAUGACACUCACUGCAUUAAUAGAAUUUUAAAACUCCAUGAAAAUGCAGAUUUGCAAGACACAAGUCUGGAGAGUCCAGACACAAGAUUAAUACCUGAUUCGUGUAAGAGAAUUAAACAGGCCUUUCAAGCAGCUGUGGGAAAGGAAUUACAGCAUAUUGUUAGAUCUCAACACAUCCGAGCAGAAAAACCUACAGUGGAAGGUUCAUGGUUAGAUCUGGCCAGGAGGAGCAAGCCUGAUACUCAACCUUAUGCUCAUCUUACUAUUAAUGCCAGUGACAUCCCAUCAGGUUCCCACAAAGUAAGGUUGUCCUCCUGGUACCAUGAUCGAGGUUGGGCCAAGAUCUCCAACAUGACUUUAAGCAAUGGAAAACUAAUAGUCAACCAAGAUGGCUUUUAUUAUCUGUAUGCCAACAUUUGCUUUCGACAUCAUGAAACUUUGGGAGACCUUGAUACGGAGUAUCUUCAGCUGAUGGUGUAUGUCACUAAAGCCAGCAUCAAAAUCCCAAGUUCUCAUAUCCUGAUGAAAGGAGGAAGCACCAAAUACUGGUCAGGGAAUUCUGAAUUCCAUUUUUACUCCAUAAAUGUUGGAGGGUUUUUUAAGUUUCGGUCUGGUGAGGAAAUAAGUGUUGAGGUAUCUAACCCUUCACUACUGGAUCCAGAUCAAGAUGCAACGUACUUUGGGGCUUUUAAAGUACGAGAUUUAGAUUGACCAUUAUAUUGUGGAGCAUUAUCAUAUAUUUCUUAGGAUGUAUGGAAACUAUUCUUUUAAACAACCCAAGAAAGAUGUAUAUAGGUGUGUAAAACUACUAAGAGGUAUGACCACAUGGUAUAAGAGGACUAUAUCUAAGUUUUUGAUGCUGUAGAGAACAUGUGUAUUUACAGCCAAAGGAAGAUGUUGGACUUAAGGUGUGUUACAGUCUGAAGGGCCUUCUUACACAGUGGUUUUUUAAUUUUCUAAUGAAUUCCCAGAAUUCAACCAGAUUGAAGCAAUUAUGGAAAACUGCAUUUAGGCCAUGAGAGGAGUUAAUCUUCUGGAUCUAGCCCUUAGUUAUGGCGACUGUGCAGCUGAAGUAGAGAAUAUGUUUGUUAUGUAAUUGCAAAUGGAUGCCCAUCUGAAGGGUUAUGUUCUUUUGAAUUGUUACAUCAUGCUGGAACCUGCAAAUAAAUACUUUUUUCUAGUGAGGAGAGAGAAUAUAUGUAUUUUUAUAUAAUAUCUAAAGUUAUAUUUCAGAUGUAAUGAUUUCUGUGCAAAAUAUUGUAAAUUAUAUUUGUGCUAUAGUAUUUGAUUCAAAAUAUUUAAAAAUGUCUUACUGUUGACAUAUUUAAUGUUUUAAAUGUACAGACAUAUUUAACUGGUGCACUUUGUAAAUCCCCUAGGGGAAACUUGCAGCUAAGGGAAAUAAUGCUGUUUGUUAAUAUCAACUGUAUUAUAUUUCUUCAUUCUUUUUAACUUAAUAGAUUUUUCAGACUUGUCAAAUCUGUGCAAAAAAAUUAAAAUGGAUGUCUUGAA